AUGUCAUCUUCAUCUCUUCCGCUGGCCUCUCUGCCCCCAAGUCCUCUGGCCAUGGAGUACCUCAACGAUUUCGACCUGCUGAAGUUUGAAGGGAAGUCCGACACACCCCCGCCUCCUUCAACCUGCCUAUACCCCAAAACAGACCUCCAUCAGGAGACCAGCGGUUCUCCCUAUGUUCCACGGCCUCCACACGACUCCAGUCUGAGCUCCAGCCCGUACACCUCUCUUCCUCCAUCCCCGACGCUCAGCGACGGACACCCGCCCCCGUCCGCCUCCUCCACUUCCUCCUCGCUCUCUUUCCCGCUGUCUGUAUCCACAGGAUACAUGUCGGGGCAGAGCUCCAGCCCUCAGGGGAACCCGGAUGGGAGCCCGUCCGUUGGGCCGUGUUCGAACCCCACCUCUCUGGAAGACCUGCUGUGGUUAGCCGCCCUGCAGCAACAGUUCGGGGGGGAGCCCGGAGGGGCCACGUCUCUACUGGGAACUCUGGGCGGUGUGCCGGAGCGAGGGGACCGCGAGAGAGGAGGGUUUCUGGGAUGUGAGGAUGCGGUGGAGGCUCUGCUGAACUCCGCCGCAGCGGCGGUGAACUCACAGUUCCCCGUGUUAUCUCAGAGCGCGAGCAGCAGUCACAUGGGUGACUCUGGCAGUGACAGCAGUACUGAUGUUAUUCUUAAUAAGCCGUCUGACAUGUGUCAUCGCCCUGUACUGGUUGUUUCCUCCACCGCUACAUCUCAUUCCAACAUCAACACAGUGGCCGGUCCCUACCCACAAGCCCUUAGUCCACAGAGCCGCCUUCAUCAUCCACAUCAUCCAAUGCAUGGCCAUUACCAUCAUCAUCUUCAUCAUCAUCUGCAAGUCACUCAGUGUGGUUUGGAUGACCGUUUCUCUGAUGAGCAGUUGGUUAAUCUGUCGGUGAGGGAGCUGAACAGACAUUUGCGUGGGGUGAGCAAAGAUGAGGUGGUCCGUCUGAAACAGAAGAGACGGACGCUGAAGAAUCGAGGCUAUGCUCAGUCCUGCCGUUACAAACGUCUCCAGCACCGACACGCACUCGAAUCUGAGAAACACGUUCUCACACAACAGCUGGAGCAACUACAGUGCGAGCUGACUCGCGUGCUGAGAGAGCGAGACACUUACAAAGCUCGAUAUGAGAAGCUGGUCAGUUCACACGAAUCUCAGCUUCCUCAUCCCAACACCUCAUCUUCUCCUCCCGCUCCUGAUUAUUUUUUGUAA